CACUCAAAUAUCAGACUGGGAAGCAGAACCACUCAAGAGGAUCACAGGAGUACUGAGUUGGGGAAAUCUUGCUAAAUCCAUCCCGAAUCAAAGGACCCGCAAUGUUUAGAAGAUCAAAAGUGACGGGUGGGACAGCCACUGGCCAAGUGGGGAUCAAGAAAAAAUCUAAGGUCCCCGGGGUGAUGAUUACACAGUUUAUUGAGACGCUUCCAGAGGGAAAGACCCAUCCGGACUUCACCCGCAAGCCAAUUGCUUUGACCAUCCAAGAGGGAAAAUUUGCUUUUUUUAAAGCCAUUGUCACCGGAGACCCAAAGCCGACUGUAACAUGGAGCAGAAAUAACGGAGACGUGUCUGAUACAUCAAGAUACCAGACUAAAUACGAUCCCAAUUCCAAUGAGCAUACAUUUGAGAUGCCAAAUGUUACGCCAGAACAAGCUGAUACCUAUAAAUGCUUUGCCACAAAUGAAUUUGGACAAGCCAUGGUCACAGUUAUUCUGAAUGUUAUUGAAGUUGGUUACAAAAAGAACAAAGCCCAGCAACAAACAGCAGAAGCCACUGAUGGGGACUUUAAGAAGGUAUUAAAAAGGAAAAGUAAAAUCCGUCCCAAGUCUGAGCCACCUGAGAAAAAAGAAGGGGAGAUUGAUCCGAAAUUUUGGGAGCUGUUAAUUAGUGCUGAUAAGAAAGACUAUGAGAAAAUCUGUUCAGAGUUUGGAGUCACCGACUUUCGCUGGAUGCUCAAGAAACUGAAUGAAAUGAAGAAGGAAAGGGAGGAAGAACAAGCUGCGUUCAUCAAAAGCCUGUCUAACCUGAGACCUAUUCAGGUCAAUGCAGAUGGUACUGCAUCCUUCGAGAUUGACAUGGAUCUUCUUGACCAAAGCAGUUCGAUCUUCCUAUACAAGGAUGGUGAAAUGAUUCCAUACACAAAGGAGUUGGGGGAUAAGAUGAAGCACUGCCUUAGAAGAGUGGGGAGAAAGUAUAUUUUCAGUAUGAGGGACCUUAUGCCAGAAGAUGCUGGGCUGUACCAGUUGGACGUAGAGGAUGUGAAUAUGUUUUCCACUGAAUUUAAAAUCCCCCAGGUCGAUUUCUUGGUGAAACUUCAGGAAGUGAAGGCAAUGGAGAGAGAGGAUGCUGUGUUUGAGUGUGUCCUGUCAAAUCCCUUCUCCAGGAUUUUGUGGUUUGGCAAGAAUUUGCCACUGGAACAAGGGGAUAAAUACAAUAUUGAGGUCUCAGAGGACAAGCUCAUUCACAGGCUGGUGGUCAAGGACUGCAUGGUGGUAGACAAAGGAAUUUACUCUGCCUGCGCAGGAAUAAAGUCUUGCAAUGCAUGGCUUGUUGUUGAAGCUGACAAAGACGCGCAAAAAGGCAAAAAAUCAGCGAGGAAAACAACGAGGGCAGGAGGAUCUGGAGUGGACUUGCAGAAGAUUGCCCAAGAGCAACAAGCAAAAUUAGAGAAGGAGAGAGAAGAAAUAAAAGAACAGAUUAAAGCUGCUAAAGAAGCUGCGGCAGCUGCACCUCCACCUCCACCUGAAACCCCUGGAGCUCCUGCACCUACUAAAGCUCCAGCUGCAUCUAAGGCAGCCAAAGACUCUUUGCCAAAAACAGCAAAUGAGUCAGCUGCAGUGGAUCCUGCGGCUGCGGAUGGAUCGGGCACAGGUCACUCAGACAAAACAUCAGCAGCAGCUGGAGAUUCGGGAAGUGCUGGAGAUGCCAGUGGCGGUGGAAAACUUGGUCAACCACAUGCAGAUGCAGGAAGUGAGCCUGGAAUUACCUGUGGACUCUCUGAUAUUUACGCUCUUCGUGAAAAGCCGGCUGAAUUGAAUGUGAAGAUGAACAUGGAAUGUGAUGGCUCCUGGUUCAAAGAUGGAGAGCAGUUAAACUCAGGUCAUGCGGUCAACAUCGCCAAAGAUGGAAGUUCUCACAAACUGACAAUUAAGAGAUGCAUGGAUGACGACUCUGGACUUUAUCGUUUUGUAUCAGGGGAACAUAGUACACAAGGAAAGGUCACUGUUGGAGAUGUACCUGAAUUUGACCCGGACGACCUUCACAAGUUCUCCAAACCUGUGGUAGUAAGAGUUGGGCAGAACGCAGCUUUCAAGAUGCCCUUUGCUCCUCAGGAGUCUUUGGUGGUCAGUUGGUUUAAGGAUGGCACUGAGAUUAAAGAUGGAGGAGGAGUUAAGAUCGUGAGGGAGCCCAAUCACAGCCGGCUGCUGCUCAGAGACUGCCUGCGGACAGACACAGGGGAAAUAAAGAUUCAACUCAAAAACCCAUUUGGGGCCGUGGAGGCCACAUCUCAGCUUAUUGUGCUCGAUCGUCCAGGCCCACCAGAGGGUCCAGUGGAGACUGUCGAAACCACCUCAUCUAUAAUUGAGAUCAAAUGGAACCCGCCCAAAGACGACGGCGGCUCAGCUGUCACCAACUAUAUUAUAGAGCGGCAGCAGGCAGGACAGGCUCUGUGGGCGAAACUUGGGGAUGUCUCCGCUGACAGGACCUCCUUCAGAGACAGGAAUGUGACUCAUGGAAAGAAAUACAACUACCGCAUCUACGCAGAAAACCCUGAGGGUCUCAGCGACGCCCUGGAGACAGCUGAUAGCAUUAUGGCUGGCAUAAUGAUACUCUCCGGUCCACCUGGUGCCCCCAAAGUGGUCAGUGCCUCUAAGACCUGUAUCAAUUUGACCUGGACGCCUCCAGAGGACGACAGAGGAGUACCGAUUAUUGGUUAUCAAGUGGAGAAACGGAAGAAGGACACACAUCAGUGGAUUGCCCUGAAUGCACUUAAUGAACCGAUCGAGGAUGUGAAGUAUGCAGUUAAAGAUAUCACUGAGGGAACAGACUACGAGUUCAGGGUUUCAGCAAUCAAUGAGUCUGGAUCUGGAGAUCCGAGCCCUCCAUCUGCAAUGGUGUGCGCAAAGAAUCCCAACAUGAGACCUCAUUUUAAAGACCCAGAGGACUUCAUUGUUGUCAGAGCAGGAAAUUCUGCUCGCGUCAAAAUUUGCUAUGAGGCUGAACCUCCACCUCAGAUCACCUGGCUGAAAGACGAUGAGCCAAUAUCUCCGUGGUUUAAUAUCGUCAAUACAGAGGGAAUGUCUCAGCUUGUUAUUCCCUCAUCAAAGCGGUCAGAUUCAGGCAUCUACACUAUCAAAGCCAAAAACUCUGUGGGUGAGGCUUCAUUUGACAUUGAGGUUAGAGUCACAGACGAACCCAAGACUCCAGGGCCAGUGGAGUUGGAGCAAACAGUCUAUGGCAAAGUGGUGGUAUCAUGGGCUCCCUCUCCAGACGAGGAGCUCGAUGACCGCCUGUACUAUAUGGUGUCUCAACGCGACUCCAACACCAGAGUGUGGAAGACUGUAGCAGACCGCCUCUUCGCUCACACAUACACAGUCAACAACAUCCUUCCUGGGAUAGAGUAUCAUUUCCGGAUCUACGCCAAGAACGACAUGGGCCCCUCAGAUCCAUCUCAGUCACCUACAUGGGGCGCCAAUAGCAACAGAGUUCAAAUAGCUUCAAAUGGAGCUAAUUCGGCAGAUGUCUGCUUUGAGAGGCCUCCAUCCAUCUUGGUCCCUCUGAAAGUCCACACACCACCUAAAGGUUACCAACUUUUCAUGACAUGCGCUGUCCGAGGAUGCCCUACGCCCAGUGUAUCCUGGUACCUGAACGACGUCUGCAUCAACUCAGACAACAACUACUACAUCACCAACUCAUUUGGUGUGUGCUCCAUGUAUAUCCUCAGAGUCCGACCAAACGACAGCGGUGAAUAUAAGGUAGUCGCAGUCAACUCUUUCGGCAAAGCUGAGUGUUCCACUAAACUUACUGUUAGAGAUUAAAAAGGCCUGAAGGUUUCAUGCAGCUUUUCCUCUUACUGAGAUAUUGUGGAAAGUAAGGAAGUAGAAUGUUUUAGUUGACAGCAAAGACUGCAUUGAAAUGGUGCUAUAUUGUUAUGCAAUAGUGAAGAUAAAAUCAUAUAAAAAUAGUCUAAAUACUAGCUUAUUUAAUUUAUUUGAAAUGCUCCUCAUUUAUGAUUGUUACCCUGUCAUCAUAAAUAACUGUUUGACAAAGAUGUGUCAAAUGUUUAAGCUCUUAACUGCAAUAAAUCAACAGUGUGA